AGACACCCACACACCCCACUCAGGUGGGGGAAGUGGGCGUCUGGCUCUGCUGGGGCUUGGCAAGGGAGGUCCACCUAUUUCUAUUUACAAAGGAACUUUUGUUCCUUUAUCUUUCAUGGUCCAGCUUCGGGCAACAAAUCUUCCCCAAACAUCGGGAAGUCGGGCUCGAUACUGCGUAAGCUGUCAGUGGCUCUUAUAACCCCAACAAUAAAGUAAUUAGAAGUAAGCAGAUAUUGGACUCAAAAUAAGCAUUAGUUUUAAGUUUACUUUACUACUGGAAGAAUAUUUGAGAAUUAACGUAAGAAGACACAAAGGGGUUGAUUCAUAGCUUCUGGCCCUGCCUCUCUGCUAGUCACUCUCCUGCUCCAUAAGCCUUAUUGUACCUCAUCUUAAAACUAUGUAUGGAUCCUGCCUCCACUACUUCAGAUUGUUCCACUUCCUGACAACACUAAGGCUGAAGAAAUACUUCCUAACAUCCCUGUGACUCAGGACUAUGACAUGGACUACCUCAGUUCUAAGGCUGGCAAGGGGGUCUCCUGGGACUAACCAUACUAGAUAGACCCAUAUAUACCUUGUUAAACAGCAGACACAUACAACAUUAGUUUCCUAGUACCUUGCCUUUGUUAAAGUGAAUUUAUGUAAACCGUGAGACCUAGUGAAACAGAGACUUGGUCUGCAAGAAACUAAUAGUAUUCAGUGUCCAAAAAUAAAUAAAUAAAAAAUUUGUGUAGAAGACUUGUAAACUUGUAUGUGAGAAGUCAUAUAUUUGAAAAGCAUAAAUGAUAUAAAUAAAGGAUGAACAUUAUUCUAAUACUUUUGAAUGUGUCUUAAGAAAAUUAUUGAAAUUUUCAUAAAAUAUGUAAUAUAUGUAAAUUUAUAAAGUGUAAUUUAUUGAAAUUCCCCAGUGGACUUUUGCAGAUUGUGACUAAUAGCAUGUUAAUCAACAGUUGCAUUAGCUGUGGUUAUAUUUUUAUCUUGUCUUUUCUUACCUCCAAAUUAAACUUUGUAAGCACAUAAUGUAUUAAUGCAGGAUCAGGCAAGGCUCCUGUUGUCUUCUGUUUGCUGUUUAAUCUGUUGUUAGUUUUUUUUUUUUGUAAUUUCCAGUUGUUUUAGCACUUAUUACUUCCUCAUGUAACCUGUUCCACUCUUCUACCAUUCAGUACAAGGAUUAUUUUUUCUAGUAUCCUUCAGCAGCUCUUCUUCUUUACGUUAUAGCUGUGGCCUUUUUUCUUCUUGCUUUCACUAGUUCUUUUUUAGGUUAUAGCUGUGGCCUUUUUGCUCUUAUAUCCUUCAGCAGCUCUUCUUCAGGUUAUAGCUGGGCUUUUUUCUUCUUGUAUUCUUCAGCAGCUCUUCUUUAGGUUAUAGGUGUGGCCUUUUUUUAUUGUAUCCUUCAGCAGUUCUUGUUUUAGUUAUAGCUGUGGCCUCUUUUUCUUCCUUUUGAAUGGUAGUAAGAAAUUUUGCUUAUCAAAUCAUUUGUAUUGUUUUUUAUUCUUGUGGUUUUCGUGUCUUUCUUUUCCUUCCUGUCAGCUAAAUAUAGCAUGUCUAAUGUUUUCAGCCUUCAUAAGUUACAGUUUUUGGCUGUAAGCCAUUUUAUAUCUUGUCACAGGUUUUUUCUUUUCAUUUCCAUGUUUUUUAUGGUCCGUGCACCAUUCCUCUACUGCAUUAUACAAUUAUAAUGUAAACUGUCUGCAAGGAAGCCUCCCUUUUGUAUUUCUAAACAUCCAUCUAAUUCAUAUUUUCCAGAUGCCAUCCAUUUUGUCCUCCAAAUGAAAUCUCAAAAAUUUUUCUGGAGGAAAUUACUCAAUUUGUCAGGUCAUGUUUUUAAGAGCUGUCAUGUUCUCUCAUCUUGUCUUUUUGCCUUUCUCUUAUUUACAUUCAGUAGCAAUUCUAACCUCAGAUAUUACAUUGUUUUCUAUUUCAAUUAGCUGUUUAGGGUUAAAUUCUGUAGCAUCGAAGUUAUCAUCUUAUGUAAACAUACUUUGGAAAUUUUAAUGUCUUACAUGCUUCCCUGGCUUAAGUGAUCUUGUCUUCAUCCUUAAUUCUCUGUCAGUUGUUACCCAUACUUAAUAUGAUUUUGUAACAUUAUGAAAUUUUGGUUUAGCCUUUCUAUUUUGGUGUUUCUCUUCUAUUAUGCAGCAUUGAAGAGCCCAUCGUUAAAUUUAGUCAUUUCAAUAAAUAUAUAUUAAUCAAACAUGAGUGUUCACACAGAGAAGAAACUAUAUCAAAGAUGUUCAAAAAAUUCAAAUCUAACCACUCACUUAAAACUUCAUGUUAAUGAGAGAGCAUACCAGUGUUCAGAGUGUCUGAAGGAUUUUACACAAAAAUCAUACCUAACAAAACACUUGAGACUUCAUACAGGAGAGAAACCUUAUCAGUGCUCAGAGUCUAAAGCCUUUUCAGAAAAAUAUAAAUUAAACAUACACUUACGAGUACAUACAGGAGAGAAACCAUAUCAAUGCUCAGAGUGUCUAAAGGCCUUUGCUAAACAAGCAGGUCUAUCAAAACACAUCCGGAUUCAUACUGGAGAGAGACCGUAUAAGUGUUUGGAGUGUAUAAAGGCCUUUACACAAAAAUCAGAUCUAAUAAAACAUAGGAGAGUUCAUACAGGAGAGAAGCCAUACCAGUGUUCAGGAUGCCUGAAGGCCUUUACACAAAAAUUAGAUUUAACGAGACACUUGAGAGUUCAUACAGGAGAGAAACCAUAUCAGUGUUCUGUGUGCAUAAAAUCCUUUUCGAGAAAAACUGAUCUAAAUUCCCACUUUAGAAUUCAUACCGGAGAGAAACCAUUUCAGUGUUCAGAGUGUUUAAAGGCCUUUUCAAAAAAGUCAGGUCUAAAAAUACACAUAAGAGUUCAUACUGGAGAGAAACCACAUAAGUGUUCAGAAUGUCUUAAGGCAUUUUCAGAAAAAUCUGAACUGAUAAAACAUACAAGAAUUCAUACUGGAGAAAAACCAUUUAAGUGUUCAGAGUGUCUCAAGGCAUUUUCACAAAAAAAAGAUCUAAUAGAACACAUUAGAGUUCAUACUGGAGAGAAACCAUACAAGUGCUCAGAGUGUCUAAAGGCCUUUUCCAAACAGUCAGCUCUAACAAGACACCUGAGAGUUCAUACAAAAGAGAAAUCAUAUCAGUGUUCAGAGUGUCUAAAAUCCUUUACAGAAAAAUAUAAAUUAAACAUACAUUUCCGAGUUCACACAGGAGAGAAACCACAUCAGUGUUCAGAGUGUCUAAAAGCCUUUAGAGUAAAAUCAAAACUAAUAAAACACAUAAGAGUUCAUGCUAGAGAGAAACUAUAAUAUUGUUAAAAGUAUGUAGAAGUAUUUUCAGAAAAACUUAAGUUUAAUAAUCCACCUGAGGGUUCAUACAGAAGAGAAACUUUUUUAAUGUUCAAUGUCUAACAAUUUAUUUUUUUGAAAAACUAAAACACAACAAAGAUUGUCUAUUAGUUUUUGCAAAAAUCAGUUGUAAUAAAACGUGUUUUUACACUUGUGAAGCCAUUUACUUCUUUUAAUUGAACUAGAGCUUUAGCAAGUGUAAUUAACAAGUUUCCAGUAGAGGGAUAUGGUCAAAAAUUUUGUCAACUAACUCUUCAUGAUUACUACCACUGACUGAAAACAAUAUAUGUCUACCUUAUUUGUGAGUCUAGUAUUUUUAUAGUAAUACUUUGAAGACAAACUUUACUCUAGAAACCACCCCAGCUAAGGAAGCUUUCUUGACAUGAAAUGAUAGUUGAAUAAAGUGUGCGAGUCUGUGCUUGAGAGCGUUAUGAUAACAUAGUUUACUACAGACAAGGUAUACAGUGUUGUUGGCCUCUUAUGCCUUAUCUGGAUAACCAGCAUAAGAUGCUUGUUAGUGUCUUAUGCAGCAUCUAGACAAAAUGACUCCUAAUCCAUGAUAUCAGUCAGAUGUAUCCCACAGGUGUCUCACAGUGACCCAACACCUGUAUUCAACUUCUUCUUGUUAAGUAUUUUAUUUAAAAAAUUAUUUCUUUUGCUGUAUAAUACACUUACUAUUAGUAUCUAUUUUUAAUUUAUUUUUUAAUAAUUGUAUGACUAAAUUAUGUUAUAAAACAAAUGAUAAAACAAUUAAUUUAAAAGAAAAAGGCACAUACAGUAUUUAACUGUGACUGUUGAAAAUUUUAAAUGAUAUAUUUUUAUUUAUUGGUUUUCUAAUUUAAAAACUGUACCAUGCUCUGCUUGUUCUCUUUUGCCUGCUUGAUUUUACAUUUGAUAUACAAAAGUCUGCUUUUGCCUGUGAAAAAUUUUAAAGGCUGAUAUCCCUUGAUAUUAGUUUAAUUGCUCUGUUAUGCACUGCAUGCCCAUUUUGUGCCCCAUAAUCAAAACAUUACAGAUGCACCUAAUGGGUCCGGGGAAUGGGGCUUCAGUUCAAUUUCAAUUUCAGAUUAUUUACUUCAGCAUGAUACAAUGUUUGUACAGAGAUGGGUGAUAUUUAGGUGUACAUGCAGGAAGCCCCUAUUUAAUAUGUACACCAUAUUGGGCAAACUUAAAACUAACUUAAGACUAAUAACACAAUAACUAAUUGAUUGCUUAUGUAUAUGUUCUUUAAGUGGUCAUAAGAAAUUUAGGAAUUCAAGGAAGAUGAGAGAACUGAUACCUAAGCUACCAUAGUAAUGGACUACUGUACUUUUUUUAUGCUCACAAUUCAGUCAUACAAAACAUAAUAAAUAAAUAAAUAAUCACGAGUUAAUUACAAUAGGAAAAGACAGGGUAUUUCUCCAAAAUGAUUAGUAAUACAUAUCCUAUUCUGGAUAAAAUACUUUGAUGGUUCUUGAAUGUUUGUGAGAAUUUUCUCUGAAUUUAUAAUUUAUUUUUUCCACAUUGCAGCGUAUAAUGACUCAGAGUGUGAUAAUAGUUCCUGUGGCUAUAUUUGCAUUCAUUCAUGUCCACAUCAGCUAGUUGGGCAGAUUCCCAAAAACCUACCUGUGAUCCAGCCAAAACUGGUCAGAAGUAAUAAUAAUCUUUAUUUCUACAAGUACUUGAUGCAACUUAUACAGACAUAGCUGAUAUCAGUAACAUACUAUAUAGAAAGUCCCUGGUUAUACAGAGCAUUUCAAACAAAAGUUAAUUUUGUCUCCUGGAUGCAACCUACACCAAUCAACUAACACCCAGGUACCUACUUACUGCUAGGUGAACAGGGAUAGCAGGUGUCUUAAGGAAACACACCUGUGGUUCGAUCCCUGUACUGGGGAUUGAACCACGGACCUCAUUGUGUGAGCUGAGUGCGCUACUAACUGAGCUACAGGACAUCCAAGAAUUUGCUGACUGUUGAAUGUGUUAUAGACAUGUGGCUACUCUUGAAUGAUAGCUUAAAUAGCUUUAUUAUGCACCCCAUACCCAUCCUGUGGGUGGCAGUCAAAAGAUUAGAGGCACACAAUGGGUCUAGGGGCUGGGCAAGUUACAGCGGUAAUAUUUAAAAACUUGUGAUCUGGAGACAGUCACGAUGAUUUGUUUAUACAGAUGUGAAUUUGGUAACAAAAAUAUUAGAAAAUAGCUUGUAUGUAUUUUGAGUUAUUUAUAAUACCCAUUUUUUUUUAGCAAGAUAUGGUUAAAUUUAGUCAGAUUUAAAUGGUUAUGAUUUAUAAUAGUAAAGGUAUUUUUCUAGAAUGGUUUGUAAUAUGCCACAGUGGAUAAAAUUUUAGACAUUUCUUGAACAUUGUGAAGAAGUUGUCUUGAUUUUUUUUUUCAUUCUAACUCUUGAUGGUGCAGAGUGUGACA